CUUUCGGCAUUAUUAGCACCUUUCUACAUUCCAUCUCCGAUUCAGGAACAUAAUAAUAGUUUCCCUCUCUGAUCUCCACCAUGGCAGAUCCAAAGAACAACCAAAAAAGCGACGAUUCAGCUACCAUUUCAGUACAAGAAACAACAGCAAAGUACAAUAACAGCAAUAACAAUAAGCUUCCGAAUUUUCUUCUAUCAGUGAGGCUCAAGUACGUGAAGCUCGGUUACCACUACGUAAUCUCCAACGCCAUGUACCUCUUACUGGUGCCGCUUCUCGGCGUAGCCUCAGCUCAAUUGUCUACAAUUUCAAUCCAUGACGUUCUUCAACUGUGGGAAAAUCUCAAGUUCAAUCUUGUCUCAGUUACAGUCUGUUCUUCUCUCAUGGUGUUCCUCGCCACGCUCUACUUCAUGAGCAGGCCAAGGGGCGUUUACUUAAUGGACUUUUCGUGCUACAAGCCGGACCAAGAUUGCACUUGCACAAGGGAGAUCUUCAUGGAGCGCUCCAAUUUGACGGGAGUGUUCUCCGAUGAAAACUUAGCGUUCCAAAAGAAGAUUCUGGAACGGUCUGGCUUGGGGCAAAAGACGUAUUUGCCCCCAGCCAUACUGCAGGUUCCCCCCAACCCGUGUAUGGCUGAAGCCAGGAAGGAAGCCGAGGAGGUGAUGUUUGGUGCUAUUGACCAGCUUCUUGACAAGACUGGUGUGAAGGCCAAGGAUAUUGGGAUUUUGGUUGUCAAUUGUAGUUUGUUCAAUCCAACUCCUUCGCUUUCUGCCAUGAUUGUCAACCAUUACAAGUUGAGGGGGAAUAUUCUAAGUUACAAUCUUGGCGGUAUGGGAUGCAGUGCUGGACUUAUAUCCAUUGAUCUUGCCAAGCAGCUCCUUCAGGUACACCCAAACUCGUAUGCCUUGGUAGUGAGCAUGGAGAACAUCACACUAAAUUGGUAUUUCGGCAACAACCGUUCAAUGCUGGUCUCAAAUUGUCUCUUCAGAAUGGGAGGUGCAGCAAUCCUGCUGUCCAACAAGGCAUCGGACAAGAGAAGGGCAAAGUAUCAACUCGUACACACCGUAAGGACUCACAAAGGCGCCGACGACAAGUCCUACGGCUGCGUCUUCCAAGAAGAAGACGAGAAGAAAACAAUCGGUGUUUCCCUCUCGAAGGACCUUAUGGCGGUGGCCGGUGAAGCCCUCAAGACCAACAUUACAACACUAGGUCCCUUAGUCCUUCCCAUGUCGGAGCAGCUACUCUUCUUCGCAACGUUGGUUGCGAGGAAGGUGCUGAAAAUGAAGAUAAAGCCAUACAUCCCCGAUUUCAAGCUCGCUUUCGAUCAUUUUUGUAUCCAUGCAGGGGGUAGAGCUGUGUUGGAUGAGCUGGAGAAGAACCUCGAUCUAACUGACUGGCACAUGGAGCCUUCUAGAAUGACGCUUUAUCGCUUCGGCAACACUUCGAGUAGUUCGUUGUGGUAUGAAUUGGCAUACACUGAAGCAAAAGGGAGGAUCAAGAAAGGUGAUAGGACAUGGCAAAUUGCGUUUGGUUCUGGAUUCAAGUGCAAUAGCGCCGUCUGGCGCGCAUUGAGGACCGUUGAUCCUGCUAAGGAGAAGAAUCCUUGGAUGGAUGAGAUUCAUGACUUCCCUGUCCAAGUCCCUAAAGUGGCAACAAUAAAUUCAAAUUGAAAUUAUUGAUUUUUUUUUGGGAGGGUGACUAAAAUGCGAGGAAUUUGUUAUUAUAAGGUUUUAUUUUCAUAAUAUAGUUUUCUUUUAUCUAUUUUUUAUAAUGUUUAGGAAGUGUGCAUGAUGAAUAGGAUUGGAAGAG